GUUAAUUUUUGGAUCUUCGCUCAUAUGCAUACUUCAGUGAUUUAAUUGCCAUCAAGGGACCACCACUUAUUCUCUUUUCCUGACAAAUCCUCAUGAUGGUCUAUAUAAGGACAAACUACAGCGUUAUUACAUAUAAUUACAAAGUAAUUACCCCUACAGUGUUAAAUUAAUCAUUUAAUAUUGACGCGUUGAAUUUGCGCUUCGGCCCAUUACAUGUAGAACUACUACAAGCAGAUGACAGCACAUACUACAGGGCAUUUUACUCUGUAGAGUCGUGAAUUUCUUCCAAGGAAUUCCAUGAGAUUUCUCCAGUUCGGAACGCGACGUCAACACUUAUUUUUCUUUAAAACAACAAGAAGGUAGGAAAAAGUUCACACUGAUAUUUAACACCACACCUAACACCACAAUUAAGCUCUACACAUCAACAGGUUGGACUAACACAUUAAUGCAAAAAAUAAAAUGCAGUUAGAAUAAUUUUUUAAUUCAUAAUAGUAAACUCUAUACACUUGUUUUGGACACCAAGAACAUUUUGCCUCGGUUGACGUCCCAAAUGUUCAAAAACAGGGGGCAUAAAACCUAUAACACAACAUAGGUUUUGAAUAUACAGUACUAGACGACUGAUAUGCGCAUGGGAGGUAUUUAGUUUCAUUUUAUGCUAUACUGCUGCCACAAAUUGUAUGUGUGUGCUGGAAUGAAGCGAAAGGCUUAUGUAAAUCAAGGGCAAAGUGUUCCAUUGUUUAGUGUCACGUUUGCUAUGAACUAUUUCUUGAAAGAAUGACAUGUCGGUUGCCGUUGGUAAAGAGCUUAUGUCAUUUGUGCGCUGUACACUGUUUAUAAACACGUAUCCUCCCUUAAAACUUGAAUGUAAGUGUUACCUUUAAGGCUGUAAAUAUCACGACCAGUGACUGCAGCUGUAAAUGUUACAUGUAUCUGACCUGUUUUUAUAUUCCAUGUUCCAUUAAAGGACUUAAAUUUUUUAAAACCAUGUUUUAAGUGUUGGUUUAAGAUGUUGAUUAACAAACUUUCAGUGAAGUUGGAAUGUGAAUACUUUGAGGAGUGCUAAAACAAAAACGCUUCUUAAAAGUGAUCAGAUAACUCUUGUGAUCGUUGUGAUCACUCCUCGUGAUCUUUACAGUGUGAAAAGUAACACAUCGGCUUAAAGGGUUUUAAAGGAAUGAUUUCCUGGGCCGCCCUGGUAAAACCGACAUAACGGUUAUAAAGCUGCCCUUAGUAGGCCUAACCAAAGUUUAUAUGUUUACAGAGGGCGUAUUUUCUACCUCAUGCACGGUGUUUGAGUUCCGUCAUAAUAAUUAUGUCGUAUUUAUACAAAAUAACAGCCCUUUAACGCACAAGUGUAGUCAUCUCUUGCACUUAAUACCAAUGAUUCACUGUUGCUCCAGCAUUAUUAUACACUUCACCACUAUUUAGGUCUAUUAUUUUGGUUCGACGUUUACUGUAUAGGCCAUCAACUCGUGACAACCUAUUGCGAUGGUAAAACUGGUUUAAAUUAGAGCUGUAGCCGGAUUUAGCAGUCAAAUGACAUCUUCCUCCUGGCUGUUUUUGAAGCCAUCAAGGGGAGGGUAAAGAUCCGACACCAUCAUGGCUUACCAGGCGUUUCGAGUUGACGGUGGCCCUACCCUGUAUGACUCCAACAAGACUCCAUUUAAGGCCGACUUAGUGGAGUCUGGACUGGCCUUCUGCAUCGUCAUAUUAGCAUUCUCUUUCUACAUUGUUCUUCCAGGCUUUCCUGGUAAAGAGAAGCUGUACACAUUUGUCCGUGUGUCUGUCAGCCUGUUCAUAGGGGUGGUCAUACUUGUGACCAAUUUUAGUCAGGACUGGGAGGUGGCUGAGAUCUCGACUGAGACUCAGUACAAGGCCGGAGCUCGGAAGGGCAUUCAUGCUGACAUUGGGGUGCACAUCGGUCUCAGAGGCAUCAAUAUAACACUGAAAGGUGAGCCUGAACAGCAACUGAACGAGACAAUCAACUACAACGAGCAUUUCAGCUGGGAAUGGGGUCAAGGACGAAUAGGUUUCGGACCAUUCGCGGCGAGGAUAAAUCGAGAAUUCCGAGCUGCUCAGUUCAGAGGGUUGCCCUAUCCGAUUUUGUGGAUAGCUGAAUACUUCACAUUCGAUGGUGAAGGCAUUCGCUGGGGGCGCUUCUAUCGUACGGCAGGCUGGUAUAGUCACAUCAUGCUAUGGUUAGCCUUCACCACGUGGUUAAUGGCAAACAUUCUGUUUUUCGUGUUGCUUCGCUACGGGGCGUACCUGCUGAUGAUCACGGGCGGUUGCAUGGUGGUUGCCAACAUACUCUUCGCCACUAUUCGGAACCCAAAUGUACUUGUAAUACCUUUUACAACAGAUGCAAAAUUGGAAUUCGUUUAUGGCUGGGGAUUUGUUUUGUGCUUAAUAACAGGCAUACUUGCGAUUCUAAUAGGGUUUAUCAUCUUCGUCAUGACUCUCUGUGCUCAUAACGCCGCUGUUACCUUCUUUGGGGCGGAUCCCCUGGAAGAUCUCGAUGAGGAGAUUGAAAUUGACGACACUAGAAGAGACGAGCCCGUUCCUGAACCCAGCAGAAAUGGUGGCGCAGUGGAAGCGGAAAGGAGAGUGAGAUCAGUUCAGUUUGACACGGAAGACGAUGACGAAGGGCCAUUGGAUAACGCCAUUGAUAUGUCCCAGUACGAUGACCGCCCCCGUUACGUGAAGAGACGGUCAGGCCUUCUGAGUAAAGGUUUUCUGAAGAGCCGCCGUCAGCCCCGGCGUCCUCCGCCCAAAAUCCCGGAGCAAGAACCCGAAUUGUACGAAAACUUGGGAUUCCCAAGAGAAGAAAUGGAAAUGAUGGAUAGACACCACCGUGAUGUCGAAGUGAAUUUCCAGGAGUGAGUUGGCCAUCUGAAGUGAUUUGAGCCCGUUGUGUGUCAAAUGUUUCAUUUAGGCUACCUAUCUUGAACAAGAAGACAGCUGAAAAUUGCCCACUUAAAUUAAAUUGUCCGAUAAAUUUAAAUUGUCCGAUACCAUUUGCUUGCGUAUGGUGUACUCCAUGUGGAAACCCUAGUACUGAGCACAUGGUAGGUGUAGGAUUUUACUCUACAUUGUCAAACUCUUCAAUAUACACGUUAUGUUCGUGUGAGCAGCCUUUCUCAUUAUUAAAUCUGAGCUCGAAUAUCAUUGAUUACGUAAAGAGUGGAACUGGCCACAGGUGGCAUUUUGUAAGAAAGCCAUGAGAUUUUGUAGGAAGAAAAAAUAUAUAAUAUAUAUAUAUAUAAAGUAUAUUAUGACGUAAGGUGGUAAUUAUUUACACCAGAUUAUCCUGUCAUUUACCAUUUUUAUUUUAAAGAGACAACUCAUUUGGUCGCUUGCAACUGGUUUUUCAUUAUUGUAUUUGUAAGUCUUUUUUCUCGAAAUUUAUACAUAACCUUGCCUUUAUUACUUGCAUGUCAUAGUAAGUGUAACCAUGUGUUAUUCAUUCAAAGAUAUUUUUUGUCUUUACUAAUUAUUGUAAAAUACUGAUGUGGGUAACUACAAUGUAGCUCAUCGUGUAUAUACUCAAAUUUGAUAUAACAUAUUUUUAUACCGUGACUCAUUUUUAGCCAAUAUUCUAUUCUGGAUCGGUGUUCCCUACAAAUGUAUUAUUCAUGAACAGGUA